AGACACCUAGUAUAUAUAUAUAUAUAUAUAUAUAUAUAUAUAUAUAUUGCUUAAGAUAAAGAUGUUUAAGAUAAAUUUUAAUAUUUAGUAUAAAAUAAAACUAAAUUUGUUUAAAAAUAUCUAAAAUUUCAAAUUUUAAACAUUGUAAACACACAAAGUUAUAUAAAAUUGCUGCUAGUACCAAAUUUAGAAAAUAUUUUUAGUUCCUAAAGGAUACUUUAUAAUAUUAUAUAGACAAAUAUUAAGUUAGUGUAGGAAUUUGCUUCUAAACAAAUAUUUUUCGGAGAAUUUUCAUAUUUACCACUUUGUUAGUACCACUAUUCAUGUAUACCACUACUAAAGAGACACUUUCAAAAGUAUCUUAUUCAUUAAGAGGCGAAAGACUCUUAUAAUCUUGUUCUAUAUAUAUAUAUAUAACAAAUAAUUAUUUAAAUAAAUAAAUGUUUUUUAUGUUUUUGAAUUAUACUUUUUCAAAUUCGAAUUUUUUUCUAAAUUUCUUUUUUUUCAAAAAAAAUUUCAAUUUCCUCUUUGAAAAUGGAAAAUCAUUUUGAAACUAUUUUUUUUAAAAACAAAUUAUAUUUUUUAAGUAUUUAUUUAUAUAUUUAUUAGAAUCCUAAAUUUCACAUUCCAAAAACCUAGUCCACUCUUCAACUCUAAACACUAAAUCUAGAUUAGUUAACUUUAUGGUUAUAAAUGUAUUUUUUUCAUUUUAAAAGUGAGUAAAAAUGGUUGAUGUAAACAUGAAAAGUGGUAUUACAAAUGUGAUACUUUUGGCAAUUUUCCCUAUUUUCCACACAUAUUUUAUGGUUAUUUAUUUUUUAUUAAACUUUUGAUUUAAAAUAUCAAAGAAACUAUAAACAUUCAAUAAGAAUUAUAUACUCACCACUUAGGAUAAAGUGUAGUUUCAAAUAAAAUAUGUGAGAAUUGGCAAAAUGGGACACUCUUAGUUUUUAUUUGUUCCAAUAUGAUUUUUGAUCUUUAGACCACUUUUACAUUUUGUAGUGAAAAAAAAAUAGUAUUUUAAAUUUUAAAAAUUUCAAAAAAUACGAAACUAUUAGAAAUAUAUGUAAGACUAUCUGUAUAUUUUUUCAGAAAAAUAAAUUAUGUAACCAUAUUUUAUUUUAUGUCCUACUUAAACAUAGAAUACUCAUUUUGACAAUCUAGUUUAGAACUCGGAUAGAAAAUAUAUUACAAUGAUCUAACUUGGAUAUAAAACAUAAAAAAAAAAAUUAUUCUAGCCCGACUAGAGUUUGUUCUAUCUCAUUAUAGCUAAAUAACAGUAGUCUACAUCAACCUUUAUAGCUAGAUAACGGUAGUCUACAUCAACCUCGAAUACGUGUUGUAAAGUUCAAUAUAUAUAUGGCCUAACUUAGCUUAUUUAUAUUUUAUAAUAUAUUCUAACCAUAACCCUAAGUCCUGCUUGAUGAAAAAUAUAUAUUAUAUUCCACCUAGUAGUCAUCGUUCUAGAGUACGUAGUUUAUGUAUUUUACCUAAAUAACAAAAAUAAAAGUUACCUUAUUUCGGCUCUUAUAUGUUUUUCCUAAAUAUAUCUUACAUAAAGUAAAUCUCGUAAUAUCUUUUCUCCCACAUUUCUUUCUGUUUUUUACAUUUUCAUUUUCAAUAAAAACUUAAAUCAGUUACGAAAUAUUAUAAUUUUUAAUUAAAAUUAAUUUGAUUGAUUAAAAGAUAUAAUAAUAUUAAAGAAAAUAUAAAUCAUAUUUAUCUAAAUAAUCGUCUAAAAGUCCUAUUGGGACAAAGCUAAGUAGAGAGUAUCCCCACUUUUUCAAUUUUUCCAUAAAAUAUUCCUAUAUGAUUUUUUUCCAAAUUUCUUAAAAAAUAUUCUGUAAACUAAAAUUCAGGAAGAAUUAAACAUGAUAAGCUUUAAAAAAAAAUAAACAUGAUUAACUCCUACAAUUUGUUUUGCUUGUAUUGAUAAAGACGGAAAUACGAAAAAGCAAACCCCAAAAUAAGAAUGAAAUAGGAAGGAGUAAAUAUAUAUUUAACUCAAACAAACCUUUAUUCCUUUAUAACAAAAGAAAACAUUCAUCCUUUUUUUUGUAAAAAAAAAAAACAUUCAUCUUCACCACCACCUCUCCGUUUCUCGAUCACACCAAGACAUUCGAUCUCGAGAAAGUGAAGCGAGCUCUAGAGAUGGAAGAAGCCUUAUUUUGUUCUCCUGAACGACGCCCAUUCGACCACAAAGAAACCCACCACUUUCUCAAGAAAAUCGAGACUGCAGAGAAAAGUGACUACAAAGACUCAGAGAAUACAUAUGAUCUUGCCAAAGAAUUAUUCGAAGAAUCUGAUCACAUCAAGGCAUUGGAGAUAACCGAGAAAACCAUCUCUGAUCAUCAUGGCCUGAAGAAGUCAUGCUCUCCUCACCACCAACUGCAAGGUGAUAUCUUCUUUUCUUUAGCAAGAAAAGCAGAUACUACAGACAUCAAAUGCGUAUACUUGUUUGCUUCUGUCGAUGCUUACUCGAUGUCUAGUCUUCUAUGUCCUGACUCUGUAAGCUCCUUCUAUGGCUGUGCUCGUUCCCUGAUUGAAUUGGGUGACCAGCUUGGGAUAAACAGCUUUUAUAAGAAAGCUGAGUCCAAGGCUAGACGUGGAUUAUCCGUGAAGAUGCUUAAACCUCAAGAUGAUUUGAAGGCAGAACUUGAGGAUUUAAUCAAUCUUGCAACAUGGAAGAUGAAUAUCAAUGAGGCUAUGCUUGUGAAAAUUAAUGUGGCUAACCAGAUGCAAGGGCAGUGCAAGGUAGAUACUUACGUUAUUGAUAGAUUGAAGAACUUGUGGGGUAAGCUAGAUGAAAAGACCAAAAGGGAAUUUUUGGUAGUAGACAGUACAAGUCUUAUAGACUAUUUACAUGAUAACAUAUAUGACAAGAAAAUGAUUGAACACAUUUCCAAAUGCCUAUGCGUGGAUGAUGAACUUGGCUGGAGAUGGUGGAAGUGCCGCAUUUGUCCUCAGGUAAAUUAUUGCUUCACUGAUUGCAAGUGGCACAUCUUAGAUAAGCAUGUCCACGAGUUUCUACCCCGAAACUGUUCUCGUCCUAAGCGUGUGGAUAAGUUUUUAGCCGACAUGAUAUGUUGUGGGAAUUGGGAGCCAGUGGAUACAUCAAGGGCAGUAGAUCUGAUCAAGGCCAGAGUUAAGGGUAGGGAAGAGUUUAUUUAUGUUAAUGGAUGGUGUAAUGAUUGGCCUGUAGCCAAGGAUGAAGAGCGGAAAGAAAUACUCAGACAGUUUGCUGAGGUUCUGAAAUCUUCUUGCUCCAAUGAUACUCUUCCAUGUAGCCUUUGGGACUGGUUGAUAGAUUACACAGAAGAGAAUGUGAAUCUACCUCAUGUUCCUGGGUGCUAUCUUGAUAGAUGGAGCUUUUUUAAGAAUCCUCAGUGCAUCUGCUUCUUAGAUCUGAAGAGCCUUAAAUACAUACUCGAGUAUGUUAAGCAGUUCACCACAGAUGUGCGCACAGGAUUAGUUUUAGCAGUAGUUGAUCGGUUAGGGGCAAAGUCCUUGGUCAAUGAAAGAAUUGAUCUUGAGCGAGGAGGGCUUAACCUGCUUCUGGAUGAGAGAUUGUUGUAUGAAGGAGAGCAUGGUUUUGAUGACUUAGGUGCAGUAAGGACUUUUAAGUCCACUGAAAUUUAUGAGCAUGUAAUACCUAAGGGUGAUGAGAUUGUCUCUUGGGUUCUAGACUGCCCAGAAAUCGAUACAAAUUUUGUGUCUCAAGUGGCAGAAGGAGUACACAACCUCGAGAUAUGGUUAGCAGUUUUGAGAAUAGUACGGUCCACGGCUAGGAAAGAGGUAAGCUACUAUAGUAAGAGAGACAAGCUGCAAACAUAUGCUAAGAUGUUGGGUGAGGUUGAAGCCCUUUGUGACAAAGAAGACAAGUGGAGGAAUGCUUAUCAGAGGAGCAGAUACGCAUUGACGUUUAGAAGUGUGUGUGAGAGGCGUGUAACUCAAGAUAAUGCUACCAAAUGUUGUUUCUUAAAUGUGGUAAGAGAUGUUCUUCAAGGAGCAGAAUCUCCAAGAUUCGAAGUAUUACAAGACAAAGAAUUCAUGGAGUGUAUAUCUGAGCUCUCUACCACUGUCCAGAAUGAUGUUAUUAGAAGAAGUAUGUGUAGGCUAAGAAAGUGGCUGAAUGAGAAGCUCGUUUUGAUCGAUUCAAAGAUCUUACUAAAUGAAUGGACGUACAAAAAGCUACUUGCAUUCGCAAAGUUAUCUGCAAUUGAUAAUCGCUUAGUGGUCCUUCCGUUGGUGAAGAUGUUCUUACAGAGUAAACUGAAGAGCAUGAUAGAAACACCUAAGAGAAAGAUUACAACGGCUGAUGCAGGAUCAUCAGCCCCUUCUGCUAAGAAGACGAAGUACUCAAACGAGGUAAAAUUACCUAAUGACUCUAGUCAACAAUUGUUGUUUUGUGUGUGUGUUUUAUAAAUUUAAGUCAGCUAUGUUUUUGAUGCAGGGAUGGAAGAGAUUUUCUUAAGUAGUGUUGUUUAGAAAGUAUUUUAUCCUUUUCGUUUUCCCAUUUUCACGUUAGCUUUUACUUACCAGUCAAGUAGUACAACAUCCGUUUCUUAUAGCCCAGUGUGGCGGGUCUUUAAUUCAGUGGAAAUACUUUAAAACCGAAAGCAAACUGAACUUUUUACUUUGUUUUAGGAUCAGAUGCAUGCAAGUUCUAUGUUUCUUUGAUAUUUUGUUCCAUUCUUUCUGACAUUGCAACUUUUUUGUGACACUGCAACUUCGUAUCUACUGUUCUCUGUUAUUAAAGAUUAAAGACGAGAAACAAAAACAACAACAACCAAUCAAAUUGUCUUAUGCUUUGACGUCGUAAAGAAAUCCGGUUCCAGCGCUAUUCUACGUUGCUAUAUUAUUACACACAUAUAAACAUGCAAGGAACUAUUUAAUUCGACAAAGUUCCUUGUUAUCUCGAUCACCAAUAAACUCCAAAACCAAUGGACAGGACCACAACGAGAGAAGUGUAGUUUUAUACGUAGUAGUUUACUAGGUAUAAUGGGGAAAGACUUUACUAGAGUUAAUGCAAUGACUACAAUAUGGCAAAUAAAAGUUUAUAUAUAUAUAAAUCAUAAUGGAGAGUUUACUUGACUGCAACGUUUGGACAACACAAUGACAGUGUGUAUAACCUUAGAUGCCAUCAAACAUCUAUUGUAUGAAGCCAACAGCACGUAAACUCAGUUUCAAAAAAGAAAAAACAACACGUAAACUGGUAGAUAAUUGAAAAGGAAUAGAAGGCGGGUAUAUAUAUUCGUUUCGAUGUGAUGCAAACUUUAAUUAUGCAUUACGUUAAGUUUGUUUUUUGUAUAAGUUUAUAAUUUUUUGUUAACUUAUUCAUUACAUUUUUAACAUUUAAAAAGAAUGUAGUGUUUGAUGUUAAUCAGGGCUCCUCUAUGUAGCAACUAGCAAUAAAAAGUUGUAAUUGUACAGCGUGUUAACCAGAGCCGUGCUUAAAGCUUAAUAAAAAAGGUAUUUACCUAGGACCCCCAAAUUUUCUAAAUUUUAAGGGUUCUUAAUUACAAUUUUUUUUACAUGAUAGUUAAUAUAUUCUUUUAAUUAGAUUUUUAUUAUUAUUUGAUUUUCAAUUUAACUUAUGUUUAAAAAAACUAAUUUAUGAUCAAUUUUACUAUAUUUUAUGUAAAACUAUAAAAAUUCUACUUCUAACUAACUGUAAAUAUUUGAUCCACAUUUUUCAUCUUUGUAUACAUUAUGAGUUAGAUUUAUUUUAUAUAUUUAUAAAAUUUGAUUAACAAAUUAUAAUAUUUUGAAUAUAUAGUUUAUUGUAUUUAGUUUAAACGCUAAGAUUUAGCCCUUUAACAACCAUCAACAUUUCAAUCCAUAAUUUGUAUUUUUGUUUUUAUAUUUUUAAUUCCUACUUUUGAUCAUUAUUUUAUUUUUUAGUUUAUAAAAGUUUGGUGCAGAAAAUUUAAAAAAUAUUUAAGUAAUAAAUCAAAACUUUUUAGUUAUAUUUAUAUGUUUUUUCAAAAGAAAAUUUAUAUAAUUUGAAUUUAAAAAGAACUAUUUUAAAAAAAAAUAUUAUGUAAAAUUUUCUUAACUCGUAUGGACCCCGAAAACCUUUACACGGCACUGGUGUUAACGUGUAUCUCGAGAACAUUUUAUUCUUUUCUUCAGUGUCCCUCGAGAACAUAAUUCCUGAACAUGAGUCUGAACUAAUCUUUAGAACCGCUAAAAAAAUUAAUAUUCUUUUUGUCAUAAUUUUCACCAAGUUUAAUCUCCGAAAAAACAAUCAUUACAAUUUACAACUCUGCUGAUAAUUGAUAAACAUGAAACGAUAAAUGAUACAUACACAGAAGUGUUGCAAUCAUUCAUUCCUUUCAAUACAUAUGUGAACAAAGCAUGUGUACAAUCGUAAAGUUCAAGCUCCCUUCAUCAAAAGUCCUCCGUAAAAUAGUAUUUUUCCUCUUCAACCAAUUCGUCGCCCGUUCUCUUUCGUAAGUAUCUUUUGUUUUCUGUUUUUUUUUGUUUUUUGUUUUCUCCGUCCUUUCUGAUUUCCAAGCCGCCUCUUCUGAACUUGGCCAGUCAAGGUAAACUAUAAAUUUCAUCAAGUCCAUCUUUUUCAUUCUCUAUGAUAAAAUUAUCAUGAAAAAUGGUGUAAUCAACUUAUUCUGAAGUUGCUAGGAUGUUCGCCAUAUCCCAAUAAGAUUCCAACCGAAAAACAUAUAUUCUUCUCAGUUCUGGCAAGUUUAAUUAGUGUUACUCUAUGGCUCUAUGCAUGGUGCACAGUCUCAACAUUAUAAAUUCAACAUUACCCACCCCUAUCCGAUCCGAAAAUAUUCGGUCCCUAAACGGGUCAUGAACACCCAGAUCCGAAUAACCGUAACUGAAAAGCUGAUUAAUGCCCAGCACUAGUCUCAAUCAUCUCAUAUAUCUCACUUUCUUCUAUAAUUCUAUGUACAUAUUUUUCUUAUAUAAAAAGAGCGGAAAAGUUGUGUAGAAUUAGAAUGGAAGAGACACAUUAGUGACAUUCAUAUAUGAUGUCAAAAUAAAGCCAAAUAUCACUCUUCUUUAGAUAUAUUAAGCAUACUGUAUAAUAGUCUCACGUUCAAACUUUGCUUGGAUUAUCUAAGAGAUAACUUCUCCAACUAAGAAAUCAUAUCCGAUAAAAUUAGUCAACUCUUUAACAGUGAGAUUCGAACUCCUGAUUCGACCACUGGUCAAACUUUUCCUUCACUAAACCAAAAGAGCAGCUCUAUUGUCACUCCACCAACAUUCGAAAAUAGUAACUAAAGCAUCCGUCCCUCUAUAUAUAUGCACACAUUCAAGGGACUAUUUUCUAUCAUACCAACGAAUUGUUCACCUUAAAGAUCAAAAAUUCAUCGACAAUUCCAACAAAAACAAAAGUCAAUGGCUCGUGUAAUGAUAAUUUUCCUCGUUCUAGUCCUCAUGACCUUCUCGCCUUAUAAUCCGUCCCUGGUCACGUCAAGAAAUCUAUUAGAGAUAAAGAGACAUCAAGUGCUGUUAACAGCGAGGGAGAAGGAGAAAAGCCACAUGACUGAGGUGGCCAAAUCCAAACUUACUGUUGGUCGGUUUCUGAUAUCGGCUCCUAGCCCCGGUGUUGGACAUGCUGGUGGUGGCCGUUGAUUUCCUAUGAUUUGUGUGUUUUCUUCUUCAAAUUAAGAUCGUUGUUGUUGUUGUCACAUUUCACCAAUGCACUCCAAAACUACUGAACCGCAAGUAUCUAGUUAGAGAAGUCUAUUUCUAUACAUAGAAAUAAUUUACAAGGUCCAAUGUGGAAUAAAACAGUAUACCUGUCUUUAGCAAAUACAAGCUUACAUAAAACACAAUGGAGGAGUUAAUUAUAAACACCGAUCGGGCAAUACAAAGGCCAUGUAACAUUAGAGGGCAUCAAUCAUCAAGAUUUGUUUUAAAAGUUUUUUCUAUUGCUCUUUUUUAAUACCAGAAAAUUCGAAGUGGAAACACAUGAUUAAUCAAUUAGUCCAAAACUACAAACAUGUAAUAUUAGUUUUUUCUAUUAGAUGCACAUGUAAACUAGUAAAUUUUUUUGAAAAUAAUCAGAAUUGGCGGUUCAUUUCAGUGUGAUGCUUUCAAAACAAUCCAUUUGAGGUCUUUUAAUUGCUAACUUUAGUCAUGUAUCAUUACGCUACGUUUGUAUUUUUGUUACGGAUAAAAAUAAGAUCUUAACGCCAGCAAAAAUAGUUUUUUUCUUGAUCAAGUUUGACUUAUACACGUUCAUGUUCUUUUUUGUCAAACACUUACGCAUUACCUUUUCUCAGUUAUGUGGUGGUUGAUCCUCUAGUUGACCAUAAAAAGUCAAAUGCAUAGUGGUCUCCCUCGAGAACUUUUUUUUGUUUUCUUUUCUUCUGUUAUAUCUGAGGUCUGCUGCUGUUACUUUCCCAUUUUAUUAGAAUUAAAAUGCAAAAUCAUGCUCUGCUUGCUUGUCAACAAAUUCUGCUAUUCUAGUAUUUGUUGUUCUAAUAACCAAAGAUUCGUGAGGUGAAUAUGAUAUUCUUUGGUCAAAAUGAUAUUCUUUUUCUUUUCACCAAGUUUAAAAUGUUAAAAAAUACUUAUAUAAUAGAUUUUGAUCCUUUUUUUUCGACUCCUCGAUCUUUUACAAUAGCUCUACUGCUAAGAAUGAAAGUAUGGAUGAAACAAAAAGUGAAUGAGAUCUUUAUAUAUAAAAGAAGCAUUGUAUCUCUCCUGGGCAUGCCAGCUCGGAUGCCACGUCAAAAAUAGAAGCUCUCUCGCACUGCCACGUCGGAUCCGCACCGUUUCACUUAAGCGUUGCUCUGUCCGAACGGGCUUCACGUGGGCUUCGUCACGCGCUAAUCAAAUGUUUUCUGUCGCGAGGCCCGUCCGCAUACGUCUUCUACGGGGAACCCUAAACAGAUGCUCCCUUCCUGUUCUUCGUUCGUCGCCUAUCGCCGCAGCGGCUGUCUAGAACCUGUAACGGUUUUGCUUUCAAUCACCUUAAAUCGUCUUUAAUUCACCAAUAUAUAAUGGAGUUUCAAGAGGAUGUAAUCUUGAAGAAUCUAUGUAAGAAGCUUCGUUUGCGUCUUUACGCCUUCCUUUCUAAUCCUUUGAAACGUUAAUGGUUAUUUAUUCAUGGUUGUCUAAUCUCUGCAAGUUGGUCUCUCAGCACCUAUAAAAGAUAAGCCAUCUUUCCUUGAACAUUAUCCUCUCAAUCCGUGAUAACACCGAAGUUAAUUUAUUAUGUGAGUGGCUAACUCAUCAAUCCUCUGCUUUAAUGGAUUCUCUAGCUGCGACACAAGAAGUUGCGAUGAACGGAGUCCUCAUCGGUUUGAAUCAGCCCUAGGGACGACAGAGUCGCGGAGAUCUUCGAUUCCGUACCUCUCAUUCCUCCUCUCGAGAUCUCUCGCUCAUCAUGUUAGAGGAGCAUUACGUGGCUAUGUGAGGAGAUGGAGUUGAGAUGAGGAUGCCAGCUCUUACAGCUUUGGAUGUUCUACGGUUCGUCAGAUUUUUACAAUUGAUACAGGUUUUUGUGUUUUGAGUGAACUUUUGACGCUGAGGAUAUGCAAGAGUUCAUGUCUAGCAUGCAGGACAACAGAUGACUAAUUGCAAUAAGCUGGCUAGACUUGAUGGAGUUCCAUACCGUGAUUUCACUGGAUAGGAGAGGAUUUGACUAUUCUCUAUGGGUUCGAAUGUAAGGAUAAUGUUUGAGACCAACACACAAAACCCACCGGGUCAUAUAAAGGAACAGUGUCACUUACCAAAUAACCAAAAAUUUAGCAAAACACCCUUACAAAGCUGCAGCGCAACAUAGCGUCCCAAUAAAAGCCACCCUCAAGAACUGCAUACUAACCUCCCUGCAACCCAUGUUAGUCAGGAUAGUUGUUUGCUUGAACUCUGACCUCACAGCACCUUCUGUUUUUUUUUUAUCAGCACCUACAACAACUAAAACAAUGGAAUCAGAAGCAGAGCUUGAAGGUCAUUUGUUUGAAUCAUCAACCUUAAACUGUUGCUAUUAAACCAAUAUAAACCCGGUAAGGACUACAUUAUUACUUUUUAAAAAUUAGGAAUCACCCAACAAUUAUGUUGUCAACGCUUAGAACACAUUUAUAUUAAAAGGAACCGUCAAAUUCCUUAAAAAAAAAAUAAUUUCAGUCCACUAUGGAAACCAUGGUAUACUUCUUAUUGAACCAAAUGACGUGUCGAAGUGUCGAACCCGGACAUGGAACCAUGACCAUGGGUAACAAAAACUCAAAAUACAUGUGUUAAUAACGAAGCCAUUACACAAUCCACACAUCACAUAUCAAACAUACAAUAGUACAAGCUUCUGUUGGGACGUUAGAAUAGCGCAAAGAAACAAAAAAAAAAAGAUUUUGAACAACCUAGCCAUAACAAAGUACCGCUUGCAAUCGUUUUUAAAUUGUGCUUUAAGGUUUUAAGCAACAAAUGCCACUGACCGACAAAUAAACAACAGACCUGGGAAACUGUGAGCUUACCACGUCUCUCAAUUUUCUCAACACCAGUUUCAAGAUCAUAGAAAGUAUAGACCAUAAAUAAUUUAAACUUUUUUAUUCUUUAAUAUGAUGCAUUUGUAAAAUAAACAAAAGAGUUUUUUUGGUUGAAUAAAUUUAAAAUUCAAUUCAUGAAAAAGAAAAAUUUCUCAACACCUCAUAAACCGUGCAAUAUGAAUAACACAGUGUGUUGCCCCCGCACGUUGCAGCCCACUACCGCAGUCAGAAGUGCCGAAAAUCCUACACUCCACUGAUUUAGGUGGAGAUAUUAUAGUGCGUAGACUGUCAACUACAAGUUUGAUUAUGGAAUAUGUGACAUGCUCCGAUCUCCGAACGACGACAAUGGCUGCAUGUGACUUAGAUUCCAUCUGAAAUAACAAAUAGAAGUUCCACAUGUAGGCUUAUGUCAAAGCUUAUGAUCUCCUUAUUUCUCACACAAAUGAGGAACUACAACAAUGAGGCUGUAAAAAUGGCGGACGUCCCGCCUAGAUUCUAAAUACAUGGAUCAUUAAACAUCAUUUUAGAGAAUGUAACCACCAAACUUCACAGUUCAUGUUA